AUGGUGCAAGUGACUCCCUUCCUCCUGGUGCUCAGCUUGGCCCUGGUGGCUCCUGGCCAGGCUUCCAGAAAGUGUGUGCUGACUGGGAACUGGACCAAUGACCUGGGCUCCAAUAUGACCAUUGAGGCUGUGAAUGAAGAAGGCAGCUUUAAAGGCAAGUAUAACACAUCUGUGUCGGACAGCCCAGACAAGAUCCAGCUGUCACCACUACAGGGGUGCGAGCAGCACAGAGACAGCAGAGGCCAGCCUGUCUUCGGCUUCACCGUCAACUGGACCUUUUCAGACUCUGUCACUGUCUUCACUGGCCAGUGCUUUGUGGAUGAGAAUGGAAAGGAGGUUCUGAAGACCAUGUGGCUCCUGAGGUCACAUGUGGACAACAUCACAGAUGACUGGAAAGCCACUAGGGUUGGCACCAACGUCUUCACUCGACUGCACUCUCAAAAGGAGUGA